GGGUUAGGCCACUUAUCACACCGGAGGUAGCUCUAGCCGCCCACCAUGCUCGUCUUCUCUACUCGCUUCGUUUGGUUUCUGGGAAAAUAAAAAUUUUCCUGGAAAUGUUAUGGAGAUAUUAUAGAUGGAGUUUUUUACGGUCAACCCCAAAUCGCCUCUUCUUCAUUGCACCAGUUCUGCCACUUCGUUUUCUCUCCUCGGCAGCGACGGUAUGUGCAACUAACCCAACUACACAGUAUAAAAAAUUCCGUGAAAAUCAUCAACAUUUUCCCGAGAAAAAUAACAAGCUGUUUAUCACUCUCACUCAUCAGAUUGUACAUUCCACCUUACUGAACUGCACUUCUGAUUUGAUUGCAUUGAGCUUCUUUCUAUGGUGCGCUAAGCAACCCAAUUAUUUCCAUAAUACCACUGCGUUUGACCACAUGGUCGGUGUGGUUAACCGCCUUAUGCUACGGUAUGAGACGGUUGGAGGGGUUGUUUGGGGGUUAGAGAGUAUUGGGUGUGUUCCAAAGGCACAAACUUUUUUGCUUUUGUUGAGGAUUUAUUGGCGUGGAGGAAUGUGUGACAUGGUUUUUGAGGCUUUUGAGCAAAUGGGUUGCUUUGGUUUUGUGCCCAACACGUUUGCGCGUAAUGUAAUUAUGGAUGUAUUGUUCAAGAUUGGGCGUGUUGAUGUAGCCAUUAAGGUUUUUAAGGAGACCCAGUUGCCUAAUUUUUUGACAUUUAAUAUUGCAUUGUGUAAUUUUUGUAAGUUGAAUGAUUUGGUUCGUGUUCGGGAGAUUUUUACAAUGAUGUUGGGAAUGGGGUAUUACCCGAAUGUUGAGACAUUUGAGAUGAUUUUGAAUUAUUUUUGCAAGUUGGGUAUGUUAGUGGAGGCAUAUCAAGUGUUGGGUCGAAUGAUUAUUUUGGGCAUUCCGUUAUCUGUGAAUGCAUGGAGUAUGCUCAUUGAUGGGUUUUGCCGGCUGCGUAGAAUUGAUAUUGCGUGUAGUCUAUUGGAGAAGAUGGGUAAGACUGGUUGUUCUCCAAAUAUUGUAACAUAUACUACUUUAAUAAAGGGACUUAUGGAAUCAAAAAUGAUUGGUGAUGCAUUCCAUGUUUUAAAUAUCAUGAAAUCCAAAGGUUAUGCCCCUGACUUGGUUCUUUGUAAUGUAUUAAUAGACUGUUUCUCCAAGGUUGGAAGGUAUGAUGAUGCGGUUGAUGUUUUUGUAAAUUUAGAAACUCAAAAAAUGGCACCUGAUUCUUAUACAUUUUGUUCUUUGUUAUCUACCAUAUGUUUGUCUAAGAGGUUUUCUCUCUUACCCAAAUUAGUCCAUGGACUUGUCAUAGAAGCAGACUUGGUGGUUUGUAAUGCACUGCUAAUUUAUUUUUGUAACGCGGGGUUUCCAAGUCUUGCUGUGGAGUUAUAUAGUGAUAUGCUUGAUAGAGGUUUUACGCCAGAUAAGUAUAGUUUUGUUGGAUUACUUAGUGGACUAUGUGGAGCGAGAAGAGUUGAUGAAGCAGUUAAUGUGUACUAUGGGAUCAUCAUGAAUUAUCCUGGUCAGGAUGCUUACAUCCAUACUGUAAUUACAGAUGGACUUAUAAAGGCUGGAAAAUUUUAUAAAGCCAUUAGAGUAUUUAGGAAAGCAGUUGUAGAGAAGCAUCCACUUGAUGCUGUAUCAUACACAGUUGCUAUCCGUGGACUUCUUAAGAGUGGUAGAAUUGGAGAGGCUUGCACCCUGUAUAACCAGAUGAAGGAGGUCAAUUUAACUCCCAAUGCACAUACAUAUAACGUAAUGCUCUAUAUUUUUUGUGGAGAAAGAGAUCUUAAAAUGGUGAUAGAGUUGCUACAAGAGAUGAUUGAUGCAAGGAUAGAACUCAGUUGUAAUAAUUACUUUAGGUUAUGUGAGUUCCUUUGUAGAUCCCACAAUUCUAAUUCAGCUGUUAAUCUCUUAAUUGAGAUGAGAGAUCUCGGGUUGAUACCAGCUAAUGCAAUCUGUGUGCCUUUAUCUGAAGAACAUGUCCAAGGUCUGAAAGUAGAUGUUGCGAGCUUAUUGUUAAAAGGAUAUUUGGAAAAUGAUCCGUUUGUGGGCACAUCUGGCUCUGAGGACCUUUCUGAUGUGGCUGCUUCAGUGGGUUGAGAUUCAUUUGAUCUUUUCUCCAUAGAUCAGAGAUUCUUCUGUAUUUUUGUCAGGCAUCGUGAAGGUUGUUUUUUGAUAAUUCAAUAAUUACAACAGUAGGGGAGGGGGGAUUCAAACACUGGAAUAAUGGAGAGCAGGCUAUGCCACUGAGCUACAAAGCUCUUGGCAGGUAUCUUGAAGCUAUUGAAGGAUGAGCUUGUAAGGAGGGUUAAGCUUUUGCCAGGAUAUAUCUUUUAAACACUAGGGGAUGGAGAUGGUAGAAGUACCUCACCAAAGGUUUUGUGUUCUAGUGCUCCAGUUAUGAUGUUGGAAGAGGCUCCUUAAGUUCUACCUAGUUUGAGUUAAAUAAUUGAAGGAUGGUUCUCAGGUGAGAAAGACUUGCUCACCAAGUUCUACAGCUGCAAACAGAAAGUUCAUCAUCACCAUGUACAUCUACGUGGAAAUGUAUUUGAAGACUUGAAUGUGAAUUGAACUAAGGCAAAAUGGUCUGUGAAAAGAGGUUCUAAUGGUGGCUAAUGAAGACUCUGAUGAAAACUUGAAGAUUUGAAUGGCUAGUUUCUAUACUUUAGGACUUGAAUGGCUGGCCUCUAAUACUUGAAGAAUUGAAGGAAGAGUUGAGUUCGAUUGAUGGUAACCAUGUUGAUGCAUUAUUGGUGUGUUUGUUGCAAAGUGAAUAACAGCUGGAAUAGCUUCUUUUUUUGAGAAUGAUAUUGUUUGUCGUCUUUGUUCAAUAAACUUUGUUCAUUCAUUUUA